UAAUUUAUUUCUGAGAUGCGUGACACAACUGCAUGGGAGAUUUCUACUAGAUUGCAGCACUGAUGUCUUUAGAAGUGGGAGAGAUAUGGAUACUCAUAGACGCGGAAAAUAUUAUGAUCCCCAUGAAGUACCGUAAAUAUCCUGAUAGUUCCUGUCCUUGUACAAAAUAACUUAGUUAUUUAAAACUAAAUGCAUUUUUACCUCUAUAGAUAGUUGGCAUCGCAGAACCAAGAAAAGAGGUACUCGAUCAUUGCCAGACUGCCUACAAUGUUGCAGACAAGUACUGUUUUCAGAGUUGGGAAGAUGCAGCGAAACUUGAAAAAUUUGCUGACUGUGUUAUUAUAUGUACUCUUGAAUCCGAACACAUGGAGAAUGCAGAAAACUGUAAGGAGGUUGUACGUGUUUGUAAGGAGGAGAAAGUGCAACUGGUGAUAUGUACGGUACUGAGGUAUCUGCCUGAAAGUAGGAGGAUAACAGAGUUGGUUAACAAUGGUGUAGUAGGCGACAUACUCAAUAUACAGAUGAUACAUCAUCAAGGCAAUGUCAUGUACAGUCAUUGCUAUAUCAGAGGGAAUUGGUCACACGUUAAGACAGGGACAUCAUUUCUGAUUGGCUGUUGCCAUGACAUUGAUCUCAUCACUCAAUGGAUGGGUGAUCGUAGAUGUAUCAGUGUGACAUCUUUCGGGAGCAACAUACACCUGAAUAAGCAAAAUAAGCCACCAGAAGCUGGCAAAAUGUGCGUUGAUUGUCCUGUGGAAGAGAAGUGUCAAUUUUCAGCCAAAAAAAUCUACCUCGAUCCUUUCAAAAAAGGGGACAUGGGCUUCCCUGUGAAUCUGAUUACCCCAUUGGUCCCAGACAUAGAAGGUGUUACAAAGGCUAUCAAUACUACAAAGUUUGGAGAAUGUGUAUAUGAUCUUGGCACAGAGCAGUUGGACAACCAGGUCGUCAACCUGAUGUACGAGGGAGGUUCUACAGUUAGUAUGAGCCAUGUUGGUAUAACAAGUAGACAGGCUGGCAGAACAAUCAAGAUAUUUGGCACCAAGGGUGAGAUUGAAAGCAACUUAGAUGGAAGUGUCACACAUUAUGAUCUAGAGACAAACACGAAAAGUGUUUGGAAUCCGGAGCCACUAAAAGUAAAGUCUCAACUGACACAGUUUGGUGGAGCAGACUUUCAUUUGAUGGACACAUUCGUAGAUUCAGUAGCGAGGCGUGACAGUAGUCGUAUCCCUGCAACCAUAGAGUCAUCUCUGUACAGUCAUCUGCUCACGUUUGAGAUUGACAGGGCUCAGAGGGAGAAUACUAUCUUGGCAAUAUCACCUGAACUUGGUGUGUUGUAAAACCUGAACAAUUUCACGAAACGUUGAUGACAAUAGAGAGCUUUCGAUAAAAGAUUUUUUGAAAACGUACUUCAAAGGAUUUUGUCACACUGAAACCAAUUUAAUUUAAUUUAAUCGAAUUCAAUUUUGAAAUUGAUUUUCAUAAAUUGUUCCCAGUUGACAUAGUUGUUCAAUUUUCGUAUUGCCCUUAUGUAUAGUUAUACAAAUUAAAAUAUGUCCAGUAAAAGAAAAAAUAUUACCUGUCCAAUACAAGAAAAGGUAUUUCACGUUUUGUGAUUUUAUAACAUGAAGCGGGUCUUCACUCUGCGUUCGAUGGGAGCCG